UUAAUUUCCGGAUUCCCCAAUCCGGACAAAUCAGUGGGAAAACAAAUUCUCAAUAGUUUUUCUAAUCCUUUAGAUUUUCUGCAAGUUCUUUUUCCGGGAAAUAACCGCCCAAUGCCCAAUAGGACACAAUUACGUAAAUGACGGUGGGUUCCUGCAAAAGCCCACGAAAUUCAACUGGGCUACCACCAAAAAAUUUCAUCAACCUAAUCACAGCCGUUUACAAUUGUCAGGUCUUAAGGUCGACGUCGUAGAUGCAAUCACGCAUUUGUAUUUUCAAAAAGUAAAUAGCUUUGGGGCCCGCCACAUAUAUCUAAAUUUAUAUAUCUAAGCUGUAGCGUCUUGCAUUAACAUCAAAAUCAGUUUUGUUUUCUGAUUCUAAUUGAUCAAAGAUUGGCCAAAUCAUGAUCCGUCUCGUGGCCGGUGUGAUUCUUCUCCUGUUAUCGGUAGCUGGAAUCGUCUCCGCUGGUAGAGAUGCCACCAGAGACGUCCUUCGGUUAUCGUCGGAAGCUUCUAGGUUCUUCCACCGGAGCGACGACGAUGAAGUUGAGGGCACGAGAUGGGCGGUCCUGAUUGCUGGAUCUAAUGGAUAUUGGAAUUACAGGCAUCAGUCUGAUGUUUGUCAUGCUUAUCAACUCCUAAUAAAGGGUGGUCUGAAAGAGGAAAAUAUCAUUGUCUUCAUGUACGAUGAUAUCGCUUUCAAUGAAGAAAACCCCAGGCCUGGAAUCAUCAUUAACAGUCCUAAUGGAGAUGAUGUUUACAAGGGACUUCCAAAGGAUUAUACUGGAGAAGAUGUUACUGUCAACAACUUUUUGGCUGCUAUCCUCGGAAACAAAACUGCUCUCACCGGGGGUAGCGGGAAGGUUGUGGAUAGCGGUCCCAAUGAUUAUAUCUUCAUAUACUACACUGACCAUGGGGGUCCUGGAGUGCUUGGGAUGCCUACCUAUCCUUAUCUUUAUGCUGAUGACCUGAUUGACGUUUUAAAGAAAAAGCAUGCUUCAGGGACCUAUAAAAGCUUGGUGUUCUAUCUUGAAGCUUGUGAGUCAGGAAGUAUCUUUGAGGGUCUUCUUCCUGAGGGUUUGAAUAUUUAUGCUACCACAGCAUCUAAUGCAGAAGAGAGUAGCUGGGGAACCUAUUGUCCUGGAGACAACCCAAGUCCUCCCCCAGAGUAUGAAACCUGCUUGGGAGACUUGUACAGUGUUGCUUGGAUGGAGGACAGUGACAUACAUGAUUUGCGUACAGAGACUUUGCACCAGCAAUAUGAACUUGUGAAAAAGAGGACUAUCAAUGGUAAUUCUGCAUAUGGCUCUCAUGUCAUGCAAUAUGGUGAUGUAGGGCUUAGCAAAGAUAAUCUCUUCACAUACCUGGGUACAAAUCCUGCAAAUGAUAACUUCACAUUUGUUGACGAGAACUCCUUGCAGCUACCUACAACAUCUGUUAACCAGCGUGAUGCUGAUCUUGUCCAUUUUUGGGAUAAGUAUCGCAAGGCACCUGAUGGCUCUAUUAGGAAGGUUGAAGCCCAAAAGCAGUUUGUUGAAGCAAUGUCUCAUAGAAUGCAUGUAGACCACAGCAUGAAACUCAUUGGCAAGCUCUUAUUUGGAAUUGAAAGAGGCCCUGAAGUUCUUAACACUGUUCGACCAGCUGGGCAACCUCUUGUUGAUGACUGGAAAUGCCUAAAGAAAAUGGUGAGAACUUUUGAGACACAUUGUGGAUCGCUAGCCCAGUAUGGGAUGAAACACAUGCGUUCCCUUGCAAAUGUCUGCAAUGCUGGAAUUCAGACCGAACAGAUGGCCGAGGCAUCAGCACAAGCUUGUGUAAGCAUUCCUUCUGGUCAUUGGAGCUCUAUUCAGAAAGGGUUCAGUGCAUAAAUAUAGCAGAAUGGGCAAAUGUAUUGGCCAAAACUUGGAUUAUGUUAUAUUUCAUAUUGUGUUUUCCUUUAUACAUAUUUGCCUGAAUGCUGCAUUUGAUGAUUGUUAGGAGAAACUCUUACUAGCUUCUUAAGUAAUUAUUCUUCGGAUGAAGUGUAUGUAUAUAUGAUUCUAUCAAAAAAGAAAGUCUGGUAUAUAUGAUUA